AUGCAGUACGUUCUCUACACCGACAACCUUGCCGACCUGUCAAUCGAAGAAGCCUGUCGGGCGGCCAAGCAAGCGGGUUUCGAUGGCAUCGACAUCACGCUUCGCCCCGGCGGUCAUGUGUUGCCGGAGAAGGCCGAGAUGGGGCUGGCCACCGCCCGCGCGGUCGCCGACCGGCUGGACGUGUCGAUCCCGAUGGCGACGACCAGCAUUGUCGAUGUCUCAAGUCCUCAUGCGGAGGAUGUGAUCGCCUCGUGCGCCCAUCAUGGCGUUCGCAAGAUCAAGCUGGGCUAUUGGCGGUACGAACCGUUCGGCACCCUGGCCAAACAACUCGACACAGCGCGGGCACAACUAAAACGCAUCGCUACGCUGGCCGCCAAGUACCACGUGCUGCCCUGCGUGCAUGUCCACUCGGGCGACAUCCUGGCCAAUGGCGGCUCGAACCUGUACCUGAUUCUGCAGGACUUUUCGCCCCAGGAGGUGGGGGCCUACGUCGACCCGAUGCACAUGACGGUCGAGGGCGGACUUUCCGGCUGGGAGAUGGGGCUCGAUCUACUCGCCCCCUGGAUCGCCCUGGUCGGCGUGAAGAACUUCCGCUGGAUCGAAAACGGCCGCGACGAGCACGGGCAGCUCCGCUUCCGCCCGCAGUACACGCCGCUUUCCGAGGGUCAGGCCCCCCUGCCGGAGUUCAUGGCCCGACUCCGCCAGCUCGAAUACGACGGAGUCAUCUCCCUGCACAGUGAAUAUAAGGGCGACUCCAGCUUCAAGAAGCUCACCACCCCAGAGCUACUCGACCAGUCGGCCACCGACUUGCAGUACCUGAAACGCCUGGCCGAAUUCAAAGUCGGCGUGGCGAAGAACAUCAUCACGCCCGAUCCGUUGCUACCCCUUUCCGGUGGCGUGGGCCAGGGUGUUCCGUCCACCAGCAAACAAGGGGAACUCACCGCUCGGGCGAUGGUUUUCCAACAGGGCGAAACGAAGGUCGCCAUCGUGCAGCUCGACCUGUUGGGCUUCCCGUCGGUGUUGUGCGAUCGCAUCCGAAAGCAGGUCCCGCGGAUUCCGGCCGAGAACGUUCUCAUCGGCUCCACGCAUACCCACAGUGCACCCGAUUGCUACGGCUUCCCGGGCCUCGACGGGAAGACCUCGGGCGAUCUCGAUUACAUGGAUUCGGUCUGCAACAAAGCGGCCGUCGCGGUAAACGAAGCGUUGGACAACCUGCAGGACGCACAACUCAAAAUCGCCACUGGCGAGGCCCAGGGCAAGAUCGCGUACAACUAUUACGCCCCUGAACUGUAUGACCCACGGAUGACCGUCAUUCAGGCCCUGACACCUGAAGGCAAGACAAUCGGCACGCUGGUCAACUAUGCGGUUCACCCCGAGGUGCUCGGCAACAAGCUCGGCAUCACCAGCCCCGACCUGGUUGGCCCAUUGUGCGACAAGCUUGAAGCCGACCUCGGCGGGAUGGGCAUGUUCAUGAACGGCGCUCAGGGCGGCAUGAUUACGGCCGACAACCGCAUCCUCGACAACCCUUCCGAUCCGCUGAAAGCCAAGUGGCACGACUCCCGUAGCUGGGAAGAAUGCCUGCGGAUCGGGCACCUCAUGGCGUCCGAAGCGCAGCGAAUUGUUCAAGAUGCCUCGGUGCAGGCCGAUCCCCCGUUGGCCUGCUAUUCCCGCGAUGCGAAAUUCCCGGUCGAAUCGCGGCUGAUGUGGUUCAUCAUGCGGGGCUCACCGUUGAACUACCCACACAACGACGACAAAUCGGUCACCACCCGGCUCAACCUGGUAAACCUCGGCAACGCCCAAAUCCUCACCAUCCCCGGCGAGGCCCUGCCUAACAUUGGCUACUACCUCAAGCGGCACAUGCGAGGCGAAAACAAUCUUCUCCUCGGGCUCACCAACGACGCCUUCGGUUACAUCCUCACCAAGGUCGACUUCGGCAGCUUCGAGCGGUACGAGUACAUCUCGCAAACCUGCCUCGGCGAAAUGACCGGCGAGGUGCUCAUCGAGAACGCACUCGAACUGAUUGAAGACUCGCCCGCACCCAAGGUGGCUAAGCAGAAGUAA